AUGAGCUGCAGCCAUUUGAAUCUGACAGAGAAAGAAUACUUUGGCCUGGAAUUUAAAAACAACACGGGAUACCAUGUUUGGCUGGGACUUCUGAAACCCAUAACCAAGCAAGUGAAAAAUCCUAAGGAAACAAUUUUCAAAUUCAUGGUGAAGUUCUUCCCAGUAGACCCGGGGCAACUACGGGGCGAGUUAACUAGGUAUCUCUUCGCUUUACAAAUAAAAAAAGAUCUAGCAUCUGGGAAACUAACUUGUAAUGACAACAGUGGUGCCUUAAUGACAUCUUAUAUCAUUCAGGCUGAGUUGGGAGAUUAUGAAGAGGAAACCGCCAGGAAACAUUUGGAACAAAACCAGUACUUGCCAAACCAGGAGUAUCUGGACAACAAGAAGAUCCUUAAAUAUUAUCAGCGACAUGUAGGGAAAUCUCCAGCGGAUGCAGACAUGCAGCUGUUAGACAUAGCUCGGAAACUGGACAUGUAUGGAAUCAGACCUCAUCAGGCCAUAGAUGGAGAGAACAUGCAAAUCAAUCUUGCAGUUGCUCAUAUGGGAGUCUUGGUGAUACGGGGAAACACUAAGAUAAACACCUUCAACUGGGCUACUGUCAGAAAGCUGAGCUUCAAAAGGAAACAUUUCCUGAUCAAACUUCAUCCCCAUAUUGAUACCUUAUGCAAGGAUACCCUGGAAUUCACUAUGGUUACUCGGGAUGCCUGUAAAGCCUUCUGGAAAACCUGUGUGGAGUAUCAUGCCUUCUUUCGUCUGUGUGAAGAGCCUAAGUGUAAACCAAGGCCUUUCCUGUGUAGUAAGGGUUCCAAUUUCAGGUACAGUGGAAGAACCCAAAAACAACUGUUUGAUUCUUGGACUAAAGGAAAGGCUAAGAAUCUGCCUUUUGAAAGGAAACACUUAAAAGCAAAUCUUCAUGAAAGACAGUGUAGAUCCUCUCCUGACCUCCUUUCUGAAGUGGCAAAGCAGCCUAAUGAUUUAUGCCUGGUGUACACCAGCAGACCAUGUUCUAGAAGUGUCAACAGUGUGGGGUGGGAUCCCCUUAUGGACAGGAACAGAAGGAACUCUGCUGUCGACGUACUCUUCAGCAAAGAGAUGGAACGCUUUAAACCUGAUGAGCUGGAGCUAGUAGCUUUGCAGCAGUCCAAAAGCAGCUCCUCAUUCCCUGGCUGUAGUUAUAGCGAUCUACUAAGUAAUGAAUCUCAUCAACAAAUCCAGAGGAGACCUGUGUCCUGUUAUGAGGAAAGUAACUAUUUCACUGAAAACCGCAAAAGCUCAUCUGAAGGUAGCAUGAGAGAGGUUUUGCCUUCAUCAUCAAGGAUUUCCUACACUGAUACAGGCCCUGACCCAUGUUUUACCAGACACUAUGUGAAAAAGGGGCUGCCUAACAGAUACUGCUAUACAGACGGAAUAACCCAAUUGCCAGCGCAGGCCUCUGCUGUAGUGGAAGAAAUCAUGAGGCUUACUAGUCAAUCUAAGCUUUUUCCAGGACAGCCAGCAGAUCGCAGUCCAAGUGCUAGACGAUUGAAGGAGUAUCACCAGCCAGUCUACCCCAGGACUAGCUGCAAGGGCAGUGCGAACGUGGUAAACCAAACAGAUGCACAUAUAACAAAUAUGGAAAAUUCUCAAGAUCCUUAUCCAAAAAGAUCUUGGAGUCAUUCAGAUAUGAAGUCUGAAUGGUUACCACGUGGGUCAGAAUUCAGACCUUUGGGUCCUUAUCCUAUCUUCAGCAGGACUUCAAGUGUCUCAAGAAACCCUUUGCCACAUAAGCUUAUUCCAUUACCACUUCCCCCUCCACCACUUCCUCCCCCUCCCCCACCACCUCUCGCUCUUGCUCCAUCAUCAUCUUCAAAGAAAGGUCCACAAAUGACUGAGCGUUAUGUCUACAGUGGGACUGAAUCCAGUGACUCUGAUUCUGAGAUCAUAAAUCCAUACUACUAUGCUGUUUUUGGUAAAAACAUCAGACAUCCUAUGGCUAGAGUCAGACUGUCAUCAGGAAGCCUCCAGCUGGAUGAUGAAGAGGAGGUUCCACUAAACGUUCAUGGAUGGGAAAGCAGGAAACCCAAAUCAGAGAGGAAACAUUAUUAUACUUAG